CAUUUUGUGAAACUUGUGAAAAUACGUCAACAGGAAACAAAUGUAAGCGACAAAGUGCUUUUAAUCGUUCUUGGAUCCAAGAUGUUUCUUGAUAUUCAUGCAAAAAAUAUUACGCAAAAAGACAAUUUCGAGGUACAGUUUAUUUCAGGAAACAAUAAACAAAUAUCAAGAAUAACGAAUAACAUGACUAAAGUAAUAAGAGAAAAAUGUAAAAAUAAAUUUCACGACUUUUGCACAUCUUACGAUAUGAACAUUUAUGUUUCAACGAUUAACGAGGCAUGGUAUAAGAAUCAGUGUAAACAUUUCAUAAAAUUAUUUAACGACUUUUUGUCAAAUUUUUGUACAGAAGAAAAUACAAUGGCAACGUCUUCAAUUAAUCAGACACCAAAGGUAAUUAUAAAUGUAACUGAAGAAGAUACGACACUUAAGGAAAUAUCAGCACAAGUAGAAGAACAAUCGAAAAACAGGAGAAGUGUUGGAAAAUACAAAGAAAAAGUUACCCCUUCAGAUGAUGUAAUAGAAGAUCUCAAUUCUCAUAAAGAAGAUGAAGAAAAAGAACAUCAAGGACAACAGGAUAAUGAUAAAAAUAAUGAAGAAAUUACAGACAAUUUCACAAAAUGUUUGAACUCUGGCCAAAAAAUCGAUGGAAGAGAAUAUCAACAACUGGAAAGCACAGGAUACGCAGAUAACAUUAUAAGUGUUGAAGACAAUGUAGAAUCAAGCCAACAUGAAAAUAUCCCCGCGUUUGGUGAUGAAUUAAACUUAGCUUUUAUUACUGAAGUAAAAAUGUUUUGUAAUACUAUGAAUAAUGAGGGAGAUUUUGAUGACUAUUUAUAACACAAUACGCAAAGUGAAGUAUUAGAAUCAAGCCCACUAAAUUUAGAUAAAGUAGAAGUACAAGUAAAAGACAUUCUUGGAGUAAUAGAAUCUGUGACAAGUUACGACAAGGCAAAUUUUUAUAAUUUUUUGGAACAUUAUAGCUUUUGAUAUUUUUAAC